AUGUACGACUAUGCACUGGUUCACGUCGUUUACACCAUCCCUCUCGCGAUAGCCUUGUCUAUUAUCCUGGGACCUCUGUUGACGCGACGGGAUAUUUACAAGAUAUGCUUCCUUCAACUUGUCGCUGUCACAUAUACAAUUCCCUGGGAUUCGUACCUUAUCAGAACCAGGAUCUGGACAUACCCCCAAGAUGUCAUUAUAGGACCAACUCUGUUUGAUAUUCCUGCCGAAGAGGUCUUCUUCUUUAGCAUUCAGACUUACAUUACCACUUGCCUCCAGAUCCUUCUCAGCAAGCCAGUGCUCACUGCAAUUCACCUGCAUAAUGAAGCCGACCUACUGGACCCCACUAGCAAGUCUCUGCCAAUCUGGAAGCGAGCAGGGCAGCUCGUUUUCGGGUUGGGCUCGGUAAUUCCGAUCCUUCUGCGAGAAAGCAAUAACGAAGGCCAUUACAUGCGACUCAUUUUGAUAUGGGCAUGCCCAGUAAUGUUGAUGCUCUGGUCAUUCGCUUACCAAUUACUUCUCACGUUGCCAUGGACAACGACCUGGUUACCUAUCGCUGCACCGACAUUAUAUCUGUGGAUCGUUGAUACUUUGGCCCUACGAAGGGGCACCUGGAGCAUCGAGUCAGGCACAAAGCUCGGGAUUCAAGUUUGGCCCCAUCUGGAACUGGAAGAGGCCGUCUUCUUCCUUCUGACAAACGCCCUUGUGGUAUGGGGUGCGACUGCCUUCGACAAUGCCGUGGCUAUUCUCGACUCCUUCCCUAGUCGUUUCCCUAUGGUCCCCGGCAUUCCACCUCCGACGACGAUGUUCAAAGCUCUAUUUCUGGCCACAUCCAAAUAUGAAACCAGGCGUCUCCAGGGCUUACGGAAUGCACUGAUGGUCCUUGCUAAGAAAAGCAGAUCAUUCUACCUAGCAUCGGGUGUCUUUGCGGGUCGUCUGAGGAUUGACUUAAUACUUCUCUAUGCGUUUUGCAGAGUGGCUGACGAUUUGAUUGACGAUGCGCCUUCUGCAGCUGAGGCAAGUAAAUGGGUGCAACAUUUCACCAAUUUCCUCGAUAUUGCGUAUUCACCGAAAAGGGAUGAGAAGCGGUUGCAGCAGGCUCUGGACCCAUUCCCGCCCGAGGCACAGUCUAUCCUACUAUUCCUCCCGACGGACAAGUUACCUUCGGGGCCACUCUAUUCGCUCCUUGACGGGUUCCGGAUCGACCAGAAAUUUUUCGACGCCGAAUCUAGAGAGCACCCCCCAAUCAAAACUUUUGCCGACCUAGAGCGAUAUGCAAGUUGUGUUGCAGGCACGGUUGGUGAACUCUGUUUAAAUCUUGUCUAUUAUCAUGACCCCGAUCAAGGAGCUUCCACAGAGACCAAACGAAGGUGUCUUGCUGCUGGUGCGAAAAUGGGCCGUGCACUGCAAUACGUCAACAUUGUCCGAGAUGUCAAGACAGACGCCGAUGCUGGACGAUGCUACAUUCCUAGCGAAUGGCUCGAGAAAUCGACGCAACGUUCAGCCGAAACUCGAGCCGAGCAAAUUCCGCAUCCCCGGAAGAGGAUAUUGGAUCUUGCAUUCGCCAUCUAUGCCAACAACAGAGAUGCAAUCGAAGCGCUGCCCUACUACGCGCGAGGUGGCAUCCGUGUCGCCGUCGAGAGUUACAUGGAAAUUGGCAGGGUGAUGCGUGAGCGCAUGCGACAAGGCAGGCCUUUGGAAUUUGCUGGCGGCGGUAAGAAGGGUCGUUCUAGCGUACCCAAGUCGAGGAGGAUAUGGGUUGGAUGGAAGACAAUGAUGGGAAGGCGGGGCGCUGUGUGA